CAAGGCAAGGCCUCAGCUGCAGGGGCGGGGAGAAGUGAGGAGCGAUGCUUGUCUGUGAGCUGAGGCGGUUCUGGCUGGCAGAGCAGUCUGGAGGCGGUCCAGGGUGCUGUGGAGGCAGGGGGCUCCCCAGGUUUGAAACAAAGACCUUGUGGGCAGCUCCCCUGAGCCCAGGCCGGCAGGAUGGUGGUGUAGUCCAAGCGAGAGUGAAGCAGUCAGCCAGCCACAUGUCUCCAGUGGCUGGAACAUCAGGGCUGGGAUCUGCUUGCCCGAUGCUCAGCCUGCUGUUCUAUUGCAACUUCAUCUCUGCCCAAGGCCACAGGCAGGAUGGCUGGUGCUAAGAGCCGCUUGUGAUUUGGAACCCCAGCUGCAGCCCAGUCUCUUGAAGAUGGAGUGGCCCAGGUGAAGCCAGGCCAGGUCCCAUGGCCAGUUCGGGGACAAAGGCACAAUGGACUGGGCCGAGCCUGGGGCAAGGGCCCCGAAGGCGCCGCUGGGCUUGGGCUGAGGAACAAGAUGCAGAUGGGAGAAGUGAGCAGGGCUGGGGAAACGAACAGUCUCUUCCUGAAGCCACCAGUCCUGAGCUCCUAGAGGACUUCCGUCGGGCGCAGGAGCACCUGCCACCCCUGGAGUGGGACCCAGACAUGCAGGACUCUGAAGAGUCUUCUGCAGAAGAGACUGAAGCAGAUGACGUGAGCAGCCCAGAGGGUUCCACCGUGCCUCUGCCCUGGCUCUCCAGGCGCAGUCGACAGCUGGACCUGUCUGAAGAGGAACUGGAUGAGGUCCCUGGGAAUCUGGAGGUAGACUCAGCUGGAGAGAGUUGUACGGAGCUGGAGUGUGAGGACCAGGGAGAUUCCAGCCCUCCGGCCCCAGGACAGGGACCAGCCAGAGACUGGGUUACCUCUAUCAAACAAGGCAGUAACUUCAGAUCUUCAGAGCAUCUCGAGGCCCAGCCAUCUGUUGCACACAGCCCUAUAAAGUCUUGGAGCAGUGGGACCGUGAGCUUUAGCCAACCUAGUGACAGCCUUGGUUCUACCUGGGAAGGAGACACCGAUGUCCCUCAGCCUUCCACCUUGCCCAAAGCCCUGCCACAGAGUCCGUGCCACAACCUUCCACACCCAGGUGACAGAAAUGGAGGUGACGUUGCUCUGGCAACACCCACGGAAUUCCGGGACUCCUUAGCAGCGCCAGCCCAGAAUCCUGAGUGCUCUGCAGGCACAUGGGGGCGAGAAACCACCAGCCUACCCAGCUCUCGGCCCGAGGACCGAACCUGGAAGAGAACUAAGACAUCUCCUAAGCCGCUGCCCUCCCGGUUCACGGGCUCUGUCGGCCCGCUGAGUACUCGGCUUGGGGCGGUAAAGAAAGCUGUGUCACAGUACAAGCAGGGAGCCGCUCUGGCUGGCCACGCUUCUUCACAUGCUCCCAAAUACGGCAGGGGGCGCCUGAACUACCCACUCCCCGACUUCUCCAAGGUGGGGCCCCGGGUGAGGUUCCCCAAAGAUGAGAACUACCGACCCCCAAAGUCCAGAGGCCACAACCGGCAGCAAGGCUCUACCAGGCCCCUCAUCUUCAAGUCACCAGCUGAGAUUGUUCGGGAUGUCCUGUUGAGUAACGGAGAGGCCAAGGAAUCUUCUCUUGGUCACCCCAUCACCAGGGUGCCCCGGGAGUUCCAGACACCCGAACAAGCCACUGAGCUAGUUCAUCAGCUCCAGGAGGAUUAUCACAAGCUCCUCACCAAGUAUGCAGAGGCUGAGAAUACUAUCGACCAACUUCGCCUUGGAGCCAAGGUGCACCUGUAUUCAGACCCGCCCCAGCCCAGUCAGAGCUUCCGCUCUGGGUCAAUGCCACAAGGAAACAAGGUCUUAUCCUUCUCUAUCCCGCAACCCAGAUCAGCAGAGUGGUGGCCUGACCCUGCCCAGGGUCCUCAGGCCUCAGAGGCCACGGGGUGGCCGUUCCCACGAACAGACCUGAGUCCCUCCUCGUCCCCCAGCAUGGCCACUCCAGGGCGGCUUCCUCAGAGCCAGGGCAUUGCCACAGACCAGCCCUCCACAGGACAGACCCAGGCACUAACCUCUCAGGCCAGCCGGCUCCUGGCCAAGGUGGAAUCCUUCGAGGAACUGGUACUGGCCGGACACCUCCCACCCCAGGACCAAAUCAAGAGCUUGGAGCAGCUGAGGGCAGCCCACACGGCCCUGGAAGCAGAGUACCUACAGGCCUGCAGAGAAGAGCACCUGGAUCCUCAGCUUGAUGCCUCUCAGGGGAGUUCCAGGACCCUCAACCUCUGCAGGGAGCUAGAGGCAGAGAUAUACCACCUGGGGCAGCGCCUGGAAGAGCUCCAGGACCAUAUGGACCAGACCCAAGGAGAGGCAGAACCAUGCAGGCCAGACCUGCAGGAUGGCACCGCUACCAUACCCUUUCUGCCCCAGCCAGCUCAUCCGCCCAUGCCUUCGGAACCAAUCUCCUCCACGGAUGUGCAAACCUCCCAGGAGCCUGCCACCACCACCAUUUCCCCUGGAAGCUCUUGCACGCUCCCCGUAAACAAGGAGGUAAACCUGAGCAUCAAGACAGAGGAAAGCCCAAGAGGUCCCCUGGUCCCGCUCAGGGACAGGAAGCUUCAGGUGGAGCAGGACUUCCAUGGCCUUCUGGAGAGAUACCUCAGCGUGAAAUCCCUCCCUGAAGCCUUGAGAGUUGAAGAUGAGGAGGACCUGGGGGAGGAGGAAGAGGAGCAGGAUCACCAUGGCACCUUAGAAGUUGAUGGUUCAGCUGCAGCUCCAGGGAAAGCCAUGAGGGUAUCGCCAGGAGAGCGCCCAGCACAGGCCGAGGAAAGCCAUAGAGCUGCUAUCCAGGAGGAUGAGGACCAGAUGGUAUCUAUGAAGUCAUCAAACUUCCGGCCGUCCAUGGCCAGAGAUAGGUACACACCAGUCCUGGAAACAGCUGAAGUGGCUCAACGGGGCACCAAACCCGUGACAUCACAUCAGAGCAGUCUGACCAGCCUGGAAGAGCGCAGGCCCUCAGAGCUUCUUCCUCGCAAAGCCCUGCCUCGGGCUGGUGGGCCCCAGACUGAGGAGCCCUGGAUGGUGUCGCCAGAGACAGACAGUGGCUUUGUGGGCUCAGAAACCAGCAUAGUGUCACCCUUCACUCAGACCCCAGAGCACCGGCUCUCCCACGUCAGCACUCCAGGGCCAUCAGCUCAGCACCUCACUGGCUCUGUGCCUGGUGAAGGAGCCUCCCAUCCCAAGGCCAGGGCUCCCCUGGUUCCCAGAAGAGCCACUGAGGCUGCCAUCCCCAGAAGCCGAGCCCAGCAGCGUCUCUCCAACCUGAGCUCUGUCCAGAGAGGUGCACAGAGCUGCCGCCUCGAGGAGACACCAGUGGCUAAGAUAGCCGUUCCCAGGUCUGAGUUCAAGAGACAGAAGCAGACUUCCAAACAGCUCCUUCCUAGUAGAACAACCAGCCCCGACUCUGCCCGAGCUCCCACAGCUGCCUCCACGCCCCAUGGAUCAGCAGAGAGCACUGCCAACCUCCUCCUCAACCGGACAGAGCGCGACCAGGCCAUCAAGGAUCUGCAGGCGGAGGUGUCACGGCUCCGCCUACAACUGGAGGACAGCCUGCACCGGCCACGCCCAGACAGCCCAGCUUCUGCUUUCAACCACUCCACCACCCAGACCCAGGAAAAGCUGGUGGAGUCCUCACCCUCCUGGGGCCCCCACUAUGGCAGUAAAUCCACAGAGCAGCUGUCUGGGGAAUCUGAUGGUGUAGAGCCAGCUGAACUGACGGGAAGACGUCGAGCCAGGUCCUCCUCAGUGCCUCGGGCUGUACCCAGACUGUUCCUAAGUUCUCGAUCUCAGUCGCCUGCCCCUCGGCUAUCAGCUGAGAAGAGCAGAACCUUUGAAGAGCAUCCCCAGGCUGCACAGUGGGGAACAAGACCACUGAGCAGCUCGGAGCAGAGGGGAAGAGUCUCCUUCCGGGGUCAAUACACAGGCCAGGAGUACCACAUUCUGUCCCCAAAGGCCGUCCUGAAGGACAGCGGCACAGCCUCCUGUCCCCGCUGCCAGCCCAUUCGGACCCAGGACACAGGCAGUGCUGUCUCUAGAGAGCCACAGGGACCGUCUGCCGCUGACACCCUCCGCUGUUCCCUGUGUGGUGAAGUCAAGUCCUCAGCUGAAGCAGAUGGCUCCCACUUAGGCCCCUCUGAGAAAAACACACCCAAGAAACCUGCACCUUCCACCCCCAGCCUCAAGCGGAAGAACCGGCAGACGGGCUCGCCAGUGCAAAUGGCCCCUGGACUCUGGUACCUGGCUGCUGCACCCCCAGCCCCAGCACCACCAGCCUUGGCCUACGUCUCCUCAGCUCCCAUCAUACCUUAUCCACCACCCACUGUGUACUAUGCAACCCCAGCACCUACCUCAGCCCAGACAGCUUCCCCACAGGCUGCUCGGGGACCUCGGAGAACCCGGCACUCUGUCCAUCUGGGUCUGAAUGACCUGGAGGAGCUGCAGGCCGCACUCAGAGAGGCUGCCCGGGCCGCUGAGAACGUCCGCUCCACCAGCCGUCAGCUGAGCCGCUCCCUGUCUGCAGACCUGCGCCAUGCCCGUAGCCUGCGAGGUUCCUGCCUUUUCUGACCCCCCCUGGAGACUCUUGAGAGGCAGCCGCCGUUGUUUCCCAGUCAACAGUCUCCUGGUAUCGCAGAUGGCUGGAAAGAUGUCAUCUCCCCCUCCCCAGGAGUGCCACGUGCCUGGUCCAUGUGGCGUAUUUAAAAUGGAGAGACACUGGCCUGGUCAGGAGUGGUCGUGAAUGUCCAGGAAACCAGGACAGCCUGACAGAUGUAGUGACCAUAGCUCCUUCUGUGAGUCCGAGCCUCUGAGGCUCUCCUCAGUGUCCCCCUCUUGUGUGUGUGCUUCCGCAGCUAAUAAUAUGGCUCUCACUGGACAGAAUGUCUUCACACUGGGGUGCUAACUUGAGCUUGGACCUGUCUCAGAAGGCCAGAGAGGACAAGAAAAGGCUAGGGUCAUUUUUGAAGCAUUUUUGGUCACUGCCUGUACUAGCCACUCUGAGGCAGACAUUGUCAGGGAGAACUGGUUAGGGAUUUUGUUCCUAGUAACUAGUGGGCAGGGGUAGUACUUGGGGACCCGUAAAUGUCUUGGGACAGAGGCCUCUGAUGACACAUGCCCAGCUCUUCUGUGGAUACAGAAGUUUUUCCCAUGAGCCCACAGAGUAGAGGCUGCCCAUGUAGGGCCAGGAAGCACCCAGCAGCCUCAGACGUUCCCACUGUCUAUGUCUUUGGAUUUUGUUAGCAUCCUCUAGAGAACCUGCCAGGCCCUGGCCUGAGGCUGAGAGACCUGGCCAACCCCCCUUUCCCCUGUCCCAUAGCAGAGUGACCUCAACAUUUCUGGGAUGUGUGUGUCUUAUCACAGAUUGUUUAUAUAUUUGAGGCAUUUAAAAAUCUAUUUUUGUUAUAAAAGCAAAUGAAAGAAAAUAAAUAAUGAACUUAAGAAAGGGAAAAGAAA